GUUUCCACAAUCAAUAUGAAGGUUUUCGUUUUCGCUGCUUUGGUCGCCGUUGUUGCCGCAGGAGGUUACCACCAGACCCCUGUGUACAAACAAGAAAAACCCUACGUGAGCCCGCCCGCUCUAUACUAUCCUCCUUCCAACUACAAGGACAACAAACCCGCAUACCAACCGGAAUAUAACAAACCAGCCGAGUACGCCCAAAAAAGCUAUGACGUCCCGACACCGUACAAUUUUAACUGGGCCGUAAAGGACGACUACGCUUACAACAACUUUGGCCAGCACGAGUCCAGCGAUGGCUAUGGUCACGUGUCCGGCUCUUACCACACUCUCCUGCCCGAUGGCCGCACUCAGAUCGUCACCUACAAGGCCGAUGACUACGGAUACGUCGCCGAUGUCAAAUACGACGGAUAUGCCAAGUACCCCGAGUACAAAGCUGCCGAUUCCUAUCACAAAGGUCCUUCUUAUUCCGCUCCAAAAUACGAUGCCCCUAAAUACGCUGCCCCCAAAUACGAACCUAAUUACGAACCCAAGUACGCUGCCCCCAAAUACUAAUGACGUGCCCAUGCAGACUGCAGUAUAUUACCCAUAUUUUAUAUUAAUUAUUUGAGAAUUUGGACAAAUAUAAUAAUUCAUAAGCACUCAACGAUUUUCCCUUUAAGAGUUUGCUGAAUUUCAUCAA